UCUCUCUCCUCUCUCUCUCUAACCUGUGUUUUUUCUUUACCCAAUUUUCCUUUUCUCUCCCCAAUUUCUUACUCAUUUUCCCUCGAAAUUUUCGAAUACGGCUUCUGCAAUGCAUGAUCUUGCGAUUAAAUUCCGUUUUGAGCCCUGAAACCUGAGUUUUGUACGAGAUUUUCUGAUUCAGACAAGUCGCUGACUUGGAUAGGAAAUGCUUGAGGCAGUGGAGAGUUCCGUCAAUGGCGGAUUUUCACAGUUGCAGAGCUGUGGUGACAGCAGCGAAGAAGAGCUCUCCGUUCUUCCUCGUCACACCAAGGUAGUCGUCACCGGCAAUAACCGUACCAAAUCUGUGCUUGUGGGCCUCCAGGGCGUGGUCAAGAAGGCUGUCGGCCUUGGUGGUUGGCAUUGGCUGGUUCUUACAAAUGGCAUAGAAGUAAAGUUGCAGAGGAAUGCUCUUAGUGUGAUUGAAGCUCCUACUGGUAAUGAGGAAGAUGAUGAUCUUGAAUUUGAGAACAUGCAGUGGAAUGGCUCUGAUAUGGCUUCUGAUGACACUCAAAAGUCCCACAGAUCCAGACAUCGAACACACAAGUCUUCCGGGUCAUCGCAUAAGACCAUGAGCAGGUCCCUUUCUUGUGACUCACAGUCUAAGGGAUCUAUUUCUACUCCAAGAGGGUCUACGAAGGUUGACUUGAGCAAGCUAGAGAUGGCUGCAUUAUGGAGAUAUUUGCGACACUUCAACCUUGUGGAUGGCAUCCCCAACCCAUCUAAGGAGCAAUUAAUUGAUGUUGUUCAGAGGCAUUUCAUGACGCAGCAAAUGGACGAGUUGCAGGUCAUCGUGGGGUUUGUGCAGGCUGCAAAGAGACUGAAGACUGUCUGCAAAUGAUGUUUGCAUGAUUUAGAGAGACCUUUGCAUUUGGUCAGUGACGCUAACAAAUACUGGUACCUAAAUGUCCUCUUCCCUAUGUAGUGAUAUCUGUAACAUAUGUAUGGUGGUCUUUUCUUUGGGUUAGUAAGCUGGUAUCUAUGUUUUUCUGAGUUAUUCAAGUUUUACUUCUUAGUAGUUUAGCUAUGUAGAUAUUAUAUGUAAACUGGUGAGAAGACUUUUAAGAAGUUGCCGUGGCUUCCUAAGCUUGGUUGAAUGUAUUACUGACUGAGGGAAGUGGAUUUUUCUUAAAUGUAUAUGGUUUAGUUCUUCGCUGCAA